AUGCAGCGCACUGCGGCGAUGACCGGGGCAGCGGCGCCCUGCCGGGGAUCGCGAAUCGGCAGCAAGUCGCACAACGGCGGCCGCCAGCUCGCCAUUGCGCGUCCUGCGCGCGGCGCUGCCGUGGCUCGGCAGGGCCUCAAGGUCGUGGCCAAGGACUUCCCUAAGCCAGCGUUCGAGACCGCCGGCACCUUCGUCGAGGCCCAGGACCUCUCCUCCUCGCUCAUGCAGGCGCCCCGCCCCGUCGAGCCCAAGCGCGUCAUCAUCGCCGGCGCCGGCCUCGCCGGCCUGUCCACGGCCAAGUACCUGGCCGAUGCAGGGCACAAGCCGGUGGUUCUAGAGGCGCGGGACGUGCUGGGGGGCAAGGUGGCGGCAUGGAAGGACGAGGACGGGGACUGGUACGAGACGGGCCUGCACAUCUUCUUCGGCGCGUACCCGAACAUGAUGAACCUGUUCAAGGAGCUCGACAUCGAGGACCGCCUCCAGUGGAAGAUGCACUCGAUGAUCUUCGCGAUGGCGAGCCAGGGCAAGCCGGGCGAGUUCUCGCGCUUCGACUUCCCGGACCUCCCGGCCCCGCUGAACGGCAUCGUGGCCAUCCUGCGGAACAACGACAUGCUCACGUGGCCGGAGAAGAUCAAGUUCGCCAUCGGGCUGCUCCCGGCCAUCGUCCUGGGCCAGGAGUACGUCGAGGCGUGCGACAAGUACACCGUCACCGAGUGGAUGGACAAGCAGGGCGUCCCCCGGCGCGUCAACGACGAGGUCUUCAUCGCCAUGGCCAAGGCGCUCAACUUCAUCGACCCGGACGACCUGUCGAUGACGGUGGUGCUGAUCGCGCUGAACCGGUUCCUCCAGGAGACGCACGGCAGCAAGAUGGCGUUCCUGGACGGCGCGCCCCCGGAGCGCCUGUGCCAGCCCAUGGUGGAGCACAUCAAGAGCAAGGGCGGCGAGGUCAUCAUGAACGCGCGGCUGAAGAACAUCCUGCUGAACGACGACAACACCGUCAAGGGCUACGAGCUCACGAACGGCGAGGUCAUCACCGGCGACGUGUACACCUCGGCCAUGCCCGUCGACAUCCUGAAGAAGCUCACGCCCGAGCCGUGGGCGAAGCAGCGGUUCUUCUCGCAGAUGGAGGGCCUCAAGGGCGUGCCCGUGAUCAACAUCCACAUCUGGUUCGACCGCAAGCUCACCACGGUCGACCACCUCCUCUUCUCCCGCUCGCCGCUGCUGUCGGUCUACGCCGACAUGUCGACGACGUGCAAGGAGUACGAGGACCCGGACAAGUCGAUGCUCGAGCUCGUCUUCGCGCCCGCCGAGGGCUGGAUCGGCAAGUCGGACGAGGAGAUCAUCGAGGCCACCAUGGCGGAGCUCGAGCGCCUGUUCCCGACCGAGAUCAAGGCGGACCAGUCGAGCGGGGCGCAGAUCCGCAAGUACAAGGUCGUGAAGACGCCGCUGUCGGUGUACAAGACGACGCCCGGGUGCGAGGACAUCCGCCCGAGCCAGCGCACGCCCAUUGAGAACUUCUACCUGGCCGGCGACUUCACGAAGCAGCGGUACCUGGCGUCGAUGGAGGGCGCGGUGUACAGCGGGAAGCUGUGCGCGGCCGAGGUCGUGAAGGACCACAACCCGGGCAAGGCCUCGGCGAAGUCGGAUGCCAAGCAGCCUGCGGCUCUGGCGGCGUGA